AUGAAUCUCUUCGAUCUCACCCAUCUCAUAUUCCGCAUCGCUACUGAACACGCCAGUGAUACAUAUGUUUUCAUCGGUAACAUCUUGCGUGAACAUCCUGAUCCUGAGGAGACGACUGGUCUCAACACUUGUCUAACGGCUUACACUGAUGAAACCAGUACUUUCUUGAAAGUACGCCAUGAGUUUUGCCAGGAAGAUUACGAACGUAUGAUCAUAGACAUUUUAUCCACAAGAAAGAUAUUGAAAAGAUGCAGGACCGAUUUUCAGAUUCCUCUGAACAAGAAGAAGCUUUUAAUAGAGAAGAGCAGGGUGAUGAAAAUCUUGAUCAACAUGUCUGCGGUUUCAGGGUAUAUGGUGAAAAAUGGAAAUGGUUAUUUGCUUAGCUCAGUUGUUUCCGAGCCUUGCUUUUUCAAUGAUGUAGAUCAAGACUCCUAA